AUGUCGGAGGGCAGCGCGGUGUCGGACCCGCAGCACGCCCCCCGGCUGCUCCGCGCCCUGAGCUCGUUCCGCGAGGAGUCCCGCUUCUGCGACGCGCACCUGGUGCUGGACGGCCAGGAGAUCCCCGUGCAGAAGAACAUCCUGGCCGCCGCCAGCCCCUACAUCAGGACAAAGUUAAACUACAAUCCUCCGAAAGAAGAUGGGUCGACUUACAAGAUUGAACUUGAAGGGAUUUCCGUGAUGGUUAUGAGAGAGAUCCUCGAUUACAUCUUUAGUGGACAGAUCAGGCUAAGUGAAGACACGAUUCAAGAUGUGGUGCAGGCGGCAGAUCUGCUGCUGUUAACAGAUCUUAAAGCACUAUGCUGUGAGUUUUUAGAAGGUUGUAUUGCUGCUGAGAACUGUAUCGGUAUUAGAGACUUUGCACUACAUUACUGCUUGCACCACGUCCACUAUCUCGCCACGGAAUAUCUGGAAACUCACUUCCGAGACGUCAGCAGCACGGAGGAAUUUCUGGAACUGAGCCCUCAAAAGCUGAAGGAAGUUAUUUCUCUAGAAAAGCUGAAUGUCGGCAAUGAAAAAUACGUCUUUGAAGCGGUCAUUCGAUGGAUAUCCCAUGAUUCAGAAAUAAGAAAGGUCCACAUGAAGGAUGUCAUGUCCGCGUUAUGGGUUUCAGGGCUAGAUUCCAGUUAUUUACGAGAGCAGAUGUUGAGUGAACCAUUAGUACGUGAAAUCGUCAAAGAGUGUAGCAAUAUUCCACUCAGCCAGCCCCAGCAAGGAGAGGCAAUGUUAGCAUCUUUCAAGCCCAGGGGUUACUCUGAAUGUAUAGUGACUGUUGGCGGUGAAGAAAGAGUUUCCCGGAAACCUACUGCAGCGAUGCGAUGUAUGUGCCCUCUUUAUGAUCCUAAUAGGCAACUAUGGAUUGAAUUGUCCCCCUUAAGUAUUCCAAGGAUCAACCAUGGGGUCAUCUCAGCAGAAGGGUUUUUGUUCGUGUUUGGGGGCCAAGAUGAAAAUAAGGAGACUCUGAGCUCUGGAGAAAAAUACGACCCAGAUUCUAAUACAUGGAGUCCGUUGCCACCAAUGAAUGAGGCAAGGCACAAUUUUGGAGUUGUGGAGAUUGAUGGAGUCAUGUACAUUCUGGGUGGGGAGGAUGGAGAAAAGGAACUCAUUUCCAUGGAAUGCUAUGACAUCUAUUCCAAAACCUGGACCAAGCAACCCAAUUUGACUAUGGUGAGAAAGAUUGGCUGCUAUGCAGCUAUGAAAAAGAAAAUCUAUGCAAUGGGUGGCGGCUCAUAUGGAAAACUCUUUGAAUCGGUCGAGUGUUAUGAUCCUAGGACCCAGCAGUGGACUGCUAUCUGUCCUCUAAAAGAGAGAAGGUUUGGCGCAGUGGCAUGUGGAGUUGCUUUGGAACUUUAUGUAUUUGGCGGCGUAAGAAGCCGUGACGAUAAUCAAGCCAGUGAGAUGGUGACGUGCAAGUCUGAAUUCUAUCAUGAUGAGUUUAAAAGGUGGAUCUACCUGAACGAUCAGAACCUAUGCAUCCCAGCCAGUUCCUCCUUUGUGUACGGAGCGGUGCCCAUCGGGGCCAGUAUUUACGUUAUCGGCGAUCUCGAUACAGGAACCAACUACGACUACGUCCGGGAGUUUAAAAGAAGCACGGGAACGUGGCACCACACGAAGCCGCUGUUCCCCUCCGACCUGCGCCGCACCGGUUGCGCGGCCCUGCGCAUCGCCAAUUGCAAGCUCUUCCGCCUGCAGCUCCAGCAAGGCCUGUUCCGCAUCCGAGUUCCUUCCCCUUGAGUUCCUUCCCUGCCCGGACGUGGAGGAGGAAAGAACCCGACACAACGCACCCUCGCAUAGCUUUCUAUAAGAGAGGACCGAGCUGUAGCAACUGACACUUAUUCGGUAUGCUGUGCUUUGGGGUGGUAACUCUCUGGGGGUUUUAUAAUGCUUAAAAGCUCGAGCUUCAGCUCUUGUUUGGGGGAUGAGUAACUGUAUUUAAAAACAAACUCUGAGGAAUGAGUCAACUCCUGCAGCCGGAGGUGCCUGCAAGACUAGUAGAAGAUCAUCAGAGUCAGAAGCAGGAGGGGAGUGUCACAGCUGAAACACUGAGGUGCGUUUUCCCCGAAGGGAACGGGCGUCUGACUAAGCCUGCUAUGUUAAAGGAGGGAGCUUUAAUGUACGGAGAAAAAGCCAACAUUUCUGCUAUCCACAGAGAGACUGCUUUUGUACUGCAAAUGAAGAGGUGUCAGCUAGCCAGUUAUGCCUAUCCCUGGCCCACACGUUAAGGGCCGUGCCUCCCAGGAUGCAUGGAAGCGGGCGGCUAGCCUGUGAUAAGAAUCCUUCUUUUAAGUGGAGUUUUUCUUCUUUUUCUUUUUUCCUCACUCCGAUCAAUCCGCGACGGAGAUAUGAGUCAGUCUCUAAAAUCUGAGUUGUCUAAACGAGUCAGCAAAAAGAUGAAUCAGGUUGCAGCCCCCUCUGGGUGAAUUUAAGGAAGCCACUAAUUCCCAUCCCCCAGCUGAGAAAAUAAUUCAGAUUCCGAAAAAGCCGUUCGAGCCGUGGCAACUUCUGAGUAAGGGCCUGUGGGGAGGAGAAGGAGGAGGAGGAGGAGGAGGGUGGCUGCCUGACUCCGUCCGGUGACGUAAUCCUUGUGGGUUGUACGGCUGGGAGGACUGGAGCAAGAGGAAGAGACUUGAAAAGAAGUUCUGAGUCACAAACACCAAAUUUGAGGCUGCUGGUACUAAAGGAAAUCAUCAUUCGGUAUAUAUUGGAGCAAAAGCUUUUUUUAUUUAAAAAAAAAAAAAGAAAAAAAGUGACCGAGUAUCUCUUCUAAAGCACAUGAAGUCGUGUUUACUACUGUUUGGUUUUAAAACCAUUUGUUAUAGAAUGCAAUUUUGUCUUAAAAAUCUAGUGUUUUGUUUCUAAUUUAUGACUGAUAAUUUACCCCGUAUUAUUAUCUAGUAGGAAUUGUGAAGCAAAUUAUAUUGGUAGUAGUAAGAUUGACUGGCUGACUAUACUACCUCAACAUAAUUUCAUUCUGUUGACUGUAAGAAGAGGUACAGAAUACUAAAGAAUCUCAAUAUGCAUAUUUGGGGGAAUGACUCUCCCCUUCUUCUUUGUUCCUCCAGUCAGUGGAAUUGCGUUGUUUUAAAAGUCUGACACCGUCGAUCUAAAAUGGGGAACAUUGUAGAACCUGAAUGCUGCGUAAUCUGGAUCUUAUGCAAUAUUAAAGUUCAAAUUACCUUCAUAUGUUUAAUAUUAGAUUUUUAUUUGCGCUGUAUUUCCCUUAGCCUUUGGCUGCAGAUCCUAUUGGAGACCAAGAAUCAGUAUUUUGCUCUGGAGAACGGUGCCUUUUUAAUUUAUAAAGUUUAAAACCAAGUGUUGCAUCUUGAAGCUUGUUUUGUUGGAAAUUGACUGCGGUCGUCGUUACGCUUAUGAAGCUCAUUCCGUAAGACUUUUCUGCUUCCUAAGUAGAGGACACCGUUACUCUUCUCAACCCCCCCUUUUUUUUUUCUUGCCCUGGUUGCCCGAAAGUGAGCAUGACCCAAGUUGGCUGACCACUUCCAUCCAGCAGACCAGGCCAUUGUCUCCUUUGGAUGGAUUUCUGGUCGUUGCCAAACAGCCUGAGUGACAUCCCAGGGGGUUGGUUGUAGCAGGAGGCCAGAAGUCCUGCUGAUCUUCCUCCAUUUUGGAGAUGUGCUUAAAAAAAUAAAUAAAACGAAGCAUAACUCUCUGGCCACCAGGCAAAUGUCUGAAAUUCUUUUGAGAUAGCCUGACCUUGAUGCCACUUGACUGAAAUGGCUGUAGAGGUGGAGGCUUUCUAAAGAGAUUAUGCCAAAGGGGGUCCUAAAGAUCAAGAUAUCUAGCAGCGUGGUUCUUUUUCUAAGCCAAAAGAUGGUAAAUUUUAUGAAGUUGCCCCAUUUCGAAUUACCCCCCU